CGGGAACACAUCGCCCACUUCUUCGUCUAGCCGAGAGGUGGCCAAAAAUUUUCGAGAAUUUCCUGGAGAUGAAGUAGAGCCUCCUUUAACAGCUUAUUGUGGAGGUCCGAGUCAACGGGGAAGACAGUCUUAUUACCGACCAAGACAACGCCUCUCUGCCCUCCAAUAGCUAAUUUUAAACUCCUGGGACUACAAUCUCGGAGAGCUGUAUCGUUUCUUGUGAAGACACUUCAUUAUUGUUCAUUGCCCUUUCCCUCAUUCCUGAGGCCUUUGGAGUGGAGUUAUGUCAACUGCAGCCUUGAUUACUUUGGUUAGAAGCAGUGGGAACCAGGUGAGGAGGAGAGUGCUGCUAAGCUCUCGUUUGCUGCAGGACGACUGGCGGGUGACUCCCACGUGCCACAGCUCCACCUCAGAGUCCAGGUGUUCUCGGUUUGACCCUGAUGGUAGUGGGCGUCCAGCUACCUGGGACAGUUUUGGGAUUUGGGAUAACCGCAUUGAUGAGCCAAUUCUGCUGCCACCCAGCAUUAAGUAUGGGAAACCAAUUCCCAAAAUCAGCCUGGAAAACGUGGGCUGCGCCUCCCAUAUUGGCAAACGGAAAGAGAAUGAAGACCGAUUUGACUUUGCUCAGUUGACAGAGGAGGUCCUAUACUUUGCAGUGUACGAUGGACAUGGAGGACCUGCCGCUGCAGAUUUCUGUCACACUCAUAUGAAGAAAUGCAUUACGGAUUUGCUUCCUAAGGAGAAGAACUUGCAAACUGUGUUGACUUUGGCUUUUCUAGAAAUAGAUAAAGCCUUUGCGAAUCAUGCCCACCUAUCUGCUGAUGCAACUCUUCUAACAUCUGGGACUACUGCAACAGUAGCCCUGUUGCGAGAUGGCAUUGAACUGGUUGUAGCCAGUGUUGGGGACAGCCGAGCUCUUUUGUGUAGAAAAGGAAAACCCACGAAGCUGACCAUUGACCAUACUCCAGAAAGAAAAGAUGAAAAAGAAAGGAUCAAGAAAUGUGGUGGCUUUGUAGCGUGGAAUAGUUUGGGACAACCUCAUGUUAAUGGAAGGCUUGCAAUGACAAGGAGUAUUGGAGAUUUGGACCUGAAAACCAGCGGUGUGAUAGCAGAACCUGAAACAAAGAGGAUCAAGCUACAACAUGCUGAUGACAGCUUCCUCGUCCUCACCACAGAUGGAAUUAACUUCAUGGUGAACAGUCAAGAGAUCUGUGACUUUGUCAAUCAGUGCCAUGAUCCUACUGAAGCAGCCCAUGCAGUGACUGAACAGGCAAUACAGUAUGGCACUGAAGAUAACAGUACUGCGGUGGUAGUGCCUUUUGGUGCCUGGGGAAAGUACAAGAACUCCGAAAUCAAUUUCUCAUUCAGCAGAAGCUUUGCUUCCAGUGGCCGAUGGGCCUGAUUGCUGCUUUGGAGCCAGGGUUUCUGUGCAUCAGUGUUGAACUCGUCAAGAAACUGAUAGAGCAAAAGGUUCACCUGUGCCAGUGUGACUCUGUGACUGGCUAGUUUAGUACCCACAUCAGUGUCGAUAACCACUUAUUACAUAGUAGCUUUUAAUACAUACUGUACCCAUUCUAUUUAUUUUUGACUAUCCAUGCUUAGUAUAAAUAUACAUGCAGUGAAGCUAUAGCGAGUGUUGAAGUUGAAUGGGCAAAUGACAAUGAUUCUGUUACACUUAAUAAGUGUUAAAUUUUUUCUUUUACUUUGUUUUGUUGUCAUUGUUGCUGCUUUGUUACUGUGGUGCUAGAGAUUGAGUACAGAACUUUUUGCAUGAAUUUCUAAUUUUUAAGAGUCUAAGGCAAUUGUGGCUUCUUUUUGAUUAUUUCUGUUUUUAUUCGUUUAAACAAAUUGUUCAAAUUUUUCUGAUUUUGGACAGUUAUUCAGUAUGUUAUCUGUAAGGGUCUUUCUUCCUGCCUUCUUUCCUUCCUACCCCACCCCCUUUUCAUUCUUCUCCUUCCCUUCCUCCCUUUUGUGAGAGGGGAUCUCGUUGUAUUGCCCAGGCUGGCCCUGAAUCCCUUUGCUGAAGUAAUCCCCUGCCUCAUUCUCCCAGACAGCUGGGACUAGACAGGCACAUCACUAUGCCUUGCUUGCAAGAGUUUAUAGUUAAUACAUGUAGCAAGGAGUAAAUGUGAGAAUUGGGCUUUUUGUUACCGUAUUUUGUGUUCUGGACCACUUCCUGGUAAUUGUAACCAUACAAAAGAAAUUCGUUCAGAUAAUAGGCCACUGCUAAAUCAUGUAUUUAUUUAUAGACAGCACACUUGUGUAUCUCAACUAUUAGCACUCUUUCUCUUUGUUUUUAUUUUCUUUAGUUAAGUAUGCUCUACAGAUGUGACUGUUCCUUAAUGUCAAAAAAGAAUGUGCUUGCUAAAGGUCUUUUGGUCAAAACGGUACAAAGUUAUGUAUUUUGUAUAAAGUUUCCAUUUGUUGCCUCUAACUCUUGUUUGUACAGAAUUAUGUUCAUAUCACUUUUUGUAUAGAGUAAGCAAGUUGGAUAAUUUGUUAGUAACAAUAUGUCAUGGAGUGAUGCUGAUAUAAACAGUUUGAGGUUUAUAUCUGUUUUGCUCAUUUCUAGGACUGAUGAAAAAAUAAUAAGUUUAAAACAAAUGCUAAAACAUUCUGUGUCUCGCCUGGCUAUGUAAUUUAGGAAUGUAAGACCAUAUAUAUAUAUUUUUUACCUGAAUGUAAGUUUGCUUUUCAACUGUGAAUCUCUAAAUGUGCACUUGGAAUUAUAUCAGUUAAUUUUUGGACUAUGUAAAUUUGUCAUGUGGGAUGUGUAUAUAUGUAUAUUUUAGAGUAAUAUAAAAUUAAAAUGAACAAUCUUGUAUAGGUAAUUCAUUAGGUAACUGUAAAUUAUUGAUAUACUUAUCCCUAAAGAUGCUUGACACACUGCGGGCAGUUUUCCUAUAAUGGAGAAUCUAGUUAUUGGCAGGUAAGGAGAUAGAUUAAGGAUGGGUAUAGGAAAUACUUUAUGUUGGGUAAUUUAUCUGGAUAACUCAGGAACUGAACCAGUAUGUCAAUUUACAUUGUUAUGUGGUACUUUGAACACAAAAUGGUAUUUGAGAGGAAUACUGAAUGUUGAGUAUGACAUGGAAUUUUGUGGUAUAAACAAAAGAAGAGUAAGCAAAAAAGUAAUAGGCCCAUGUACAUAACUUCAGCUGUCAGUUUUCAGGAUUGAUUCUUCUCUUUCUUUAAGCUUUAUUUAAAGGUUUUUAGAAGAAAGAGGGCCAAGUAUAAAUAUUCCAUCUCACAUUUGAGGGAACAGAAGAAAAUAAAUCAUGAAUUUUCAUACCUGUAUUAAUCAGGAAUUGUCCUUUGAAAAAGUGCUAGCUAAAUAUUUCCAUUUUUUUCAAAGAAAUAAUAAAGAGGACAGAAUUACAGAAAGGAAUAUAGUUUGCUGUUCUGUGAGCAAUGAGGAACCAACAGUAGAUUAGCAGGCUUGGGAUAUUUUCUUGAUUUUCUGAAUCAGGACUUGGAACAGAAAGACAGGUUUUUACAUUUAGAAACAAGUGGGAUUUCCAAAAUAACAUGUAAGACAAAGCCGUAUAGCAUCAAAAUGGCAUUCUAAAUGUUCAGAUUCAUUUUGUUUUGAAUUCUUCACAUUACUAUUCCUCUCUUUUAAUUUAAAAACUAAAAGAGAGCAAUGCUUUCAAGCUCGAAGUCCUGCAGAUCAUUGCUGUAGUAGGUAAGUUGCCAGGUUUGAUAAAGAGGGAUUUGUGAGAUUAUGCCCUUGGGUGCACUUGGCUGUUUUACCUGGAAAGUUUUAAAAUCCAGAGCUAAUUAUCCAUAAAAUAUAUUGAUGUUUAUAUUUUUGAGCCACAAUAUUAAAAUACAUUUUUAAAAUGUAGAGUAUAAUCCCUAGAUGAAAAACAUGUAUUAGACCUCAGAGCUUGUUACUAGAAAUUAUGCAAAUAGUAGUAAAAAGUUGUAAGUGCAGGUUUUUAGUUAUAACUGUGAAUUUGUCAUAUGGGUACAGAUAUGGUGUAAAUUAAAUAAUAUAAAAAAUCAAUUAUCUUUGUCUUUUAUCUACAUGUAGUACAAUUAUAUUACAUAUUUAUAGUACACAUAUAAAAUUUUUAUGUUUUUCCAAACUAUUUGCCAAAAUUUAUUUGGUGAAAUAUUUUUAAACCAUUCUGAUAUUUUAUAAGAAUAAGCUCUUAAAUACCCCAAAUAUUAAAAAACAAAUGCAGUCCUGCUCUCCAAACUAUUCAAAGAUCUUAAGUGUUUCUUAAGCGCUUUAGUUUGGUUUUGCAUUUUUUCUGAGGGAAAAAAUCCACUUAGAGAUAGUUUUGAUAUUUUUUCGUACUCCGUGAUAGCAACUUUCCCUAAAUUCAACGUUCAAAAAAUUAGUUUGAAGAGUUAGUAGCAUAUAAAGUAUAGAAAUAAUUUUUCAAAAUAAGAUCCUUUUUAAAAAAAGGAUUUUAGCAGACAAUAGACCUAUGCCAACUCUUCAAUAUCAAAACAUUGAGUUUCCUUGCUAAUCAUGGACAGGGAAUUAACUUCAUGGUAACAUGACAGUAAGAAAGUGCUUCAAGGUGAGGCCUGCAGGAGUCAAAGUUAAGCAUUAAACAGUUAAACGUAAGUAUGUAUUUGUAUCUUUCUUUAGUUAUUAGUUCCUAUGAAUCUGUUUCUGUAAAGAGUGAUGUGAGAUUUGGGUUGGGUUAUGGUUUAUUUCCUAAACUCCCUUGAACAGACAACUUAAAACAGAAAUAUGACAUGGCUUUACAAGGUGACUAAACUAAAUUGUGAUGGCUUCGUGUUGUUUUUGGUAUCUUGUGAUGGGACCAGUGAUCAUCUGGCAGCUGCUAUUGGUUGUUAGAUGGUUGAAAUGAUCCAUUGAUGGUCAUUGGUUCUAGUUGUGAGCUGAUGAUGGUAUUCCACCUCUAAAAAUAAUGUGUCCGCUAUUGCAUUCUAGUACAGAAUUUAGCAGCCUGUUAUGUCCCAAAUUAAUUUCUACUGAAGGGCUCUGUUGUAUUUAACACAUUUAUUUUACAAUUUACCAAAAUAUUGUUUGGUAUAUAGCGCCUCCUACAGUGAGUUGAUGUAAGUGCUGAUUUUACUGUUAAGAGUGACUGAGUAGACUAUCAUCACAUAUCUUGGUGUUGAAAAUGUCAUUCUAAUAAAAUGCAUGCAUUAAAUACUUUCUAAA